AAUACAUAUUUAUGAAAGGAGCAAAAUAAUAGAAGAAAUAGUCAAUUUGGGACUAAGUUAAAAAUGAAGAGAAAGAUUUCUAUUUCAACUACCUAUCAAAAAAAUAACGAAAUCUCUAAAAGAAAUUAAAGGACAUAGCUGAUUUAGAAGAAAUAUCAAAGACAAAGGAUUUAAAACCAGAAUAAGUUUAAAAGAUUUAAACCAAAGAAGAAAACAAUGAAAAAUUAAAGGAAUUAGAAGCUCAACUAACUAAUUGGCUAUAAUCAAAGAAAGAAGCAGAACAAAGUGGAACCCUUAUUACUCAAGAAGCAUUCAUUCUUAUUUUAGAGCAUUUAUCUGAGAAUCAAGACACUGUUUCACUUUUAACUUAAGAUCAUAAUUCAAUUUAUGAACUUGCUAAAAUACUUUAAAAUAAAGUGAAUGGAUAAUUAAGAAAGAAAGAUCAAUCAUGGAAGGGUUUGAAUGUAAAUAAUUAAAAUUUUUAUUUAGUUGAAACAUGAAGUGCAAUCUGAACCACAAUAAUAAUAACAAUAAUAAUAAUAACAAUAAUAACAAUAAUAAGAAGUAUUAGAAAUUGAAACUGUAAAAUAAGAAACAGUACAAACACAAGAAAUUGUUGAAACAUAAAAAGAAUAGCCAUAAUAACAUGAAUAAUAUGUAUUAAUUAAAUCUAGUCCAAAAAAAUCAUUCUAAGAAGAAACUAGAACUGAAGUUCAUCAGACAUUAGACUAAUAACCUCAUUUACAUUCAAAUGAAACUCAAUAGUAAGAAAAUUGUGAUUUAGAAUCAAAUAAUAAUUAACCUUAAGAACUUCCUUAAGAACCUGAAAAUAAUGAUAAAUAAGAUACAAAAGACAAUUAAGAAAAAACCUACUAAACAAGAGAACAUAGAUAACAUUAUUAAAAUGAUAAUCAAAGAAAAGGCUAUAAAAAGAAUUAUCAUCAGGAUAAAAAUUAUGAUAGAAGAAACAAUGGUGAAGAUUAUAAAAAUAGACCUUAUAGAGGAAAUAGACAACAUAAUAAUAGAGAUAAUAGGGAUAGAUAAUAAAAAGAGGAAUGGUAAGAAAAAAAGGAAGUUGUAGAAUAAUAAUAAGAAAAUGACCAUUAAAAUGAAAACAACAGUUCUGAUGAAGAAUAUAUCACCAUAGAACGCAAGUUAAUUAUGAUUCUAUUUAUUUAGAUAAAAAAAGCCUUAACAGAAAACUUAAAGAGGAGGAAAUAGAAACAGACAGUAGAGAUAAGGAGACAAUCAAUAGAAUGUUAAUGCCGAAUAAUGAGAUUAUAUAAUAAUAAUAUAUAAAAUAAAAAA